GGGCGACAGACGGCGAGCGUGAACGGGAGAGGGCUACGUGUUUCCUGACGAGUCUUUCGUCCAAAGGGGCCCCAAGUCCAUUCCAAUCUCGGUGGCCGGUCGCAGGACGUUCAUCAUCACGUGACCGGCGCCGUCACCAGUGCACCUCCGAGAUCAACUUCAUGCGUCGGUUGCGCGCCAGACAUCGUCACUCUCCCCACGACUUCUCACCAUGCCCGUCCCCGUAGGCGCUGGCGGCAUGACUGGCCCGUCGACCUUCGACAAGCUGAAAAUGGGUGCCAUGAUGGGUGGCUCUGUUGGUUUGAUCAUUGGCUUCAUCUUUGGAGCGACGAACAUCAUAAGAUUUGGCCCCGGCCCCAAUGGCAUGCUUCGCACUCUCGGUCAAUACAUGCUUGGCUCUGCUGCGACGUUCGGCUUCUUCAUGUCCAUCGGAAGCACCAUCAGGACGGAAAGUGACCGUCAGGUUGCUGAGGCCUUUGCGAAAGCACGCAGGCAGCCCAUGAUCAUGCCCCGCCAUAUCUCGCGGAUGCCGCGUAACAACGAUGCGGGAAGUAGCUAAAUUGAUAAAAGACGGAAGGAAUGUACAACAGCCCAGUCCUUCUCGGAGACAUUGAGCAACAAUUGAGAAUGGCGUAGUAUUUACCCGUUUUUCAUUCUCACGUGUGGUCAAUCUUUCCAAUGGCCAAAAAUUCGUAAGGCUCUCUACUCGACUGUUCUAAACAUCUUGAAGCAUACGCUUCAGCUUCAGGUACCUCUAGUAAUUGGGCCUGCUUCGCCCCGCAUCUCGUAGCCGCGCUGCAUUUAAAUAUUCUAAAAGGGAAGUUUUGUGCAGCUUCUGUAAUGAUGUCCAUGUCGUGUGUUCAGAAAGUUUCUCUUGGCUGUCAGUUAGUCCAUCACUGACAAUAGUUGUUGUCUCUAAGAGCUAAACUUAUUUUACGACGAUAUUCUUAUAUGCUCGCUAAUCUACUUAUCGUCC